UCGUGGCGGGAAUAAAUGCUCGGCUGUUCCGGUAGAAAUCAAAUCUAUGGCGUCUGCAAUGGAGCAGCCGGGGGAGAAGCUUGCGGCCGGGGCUGAGGGCUGCGGAGAGGUGCGGGGUGAGCCGCAGGCUGCGGGGGAAAGCAUCGAGGAUCGCAUCCGCCUGCUGCUCAGGCUGAGAGCACAGACAAAACAGCAACUCUUAGAAUACAAGUCCAUGAUUGAUGCAAAUGAAGAAAAAACUCCUGAACAGAUCAUGCAAGAAAAACAAAUUGAAGUUAAAAUUGAAGACCUGGAAAAUGAAAUUGAAGAUGUAAAAAGUGAUUUUGAAAUGAAAACUCUUGCACUAAACAGGAUGAAACUUUCGGCUGCACUUACAAAUAACAUGGAAAAGAUGGAUGCUGAGAGUAGUGUACUCACUGAUGACAUGAAACACAUAUUAGAGCUACAUAAGUUGAUAAUGAAGUCACAGGAGGAGUCUUCGGAAUUAGAGGAAAAACUGCUUGACAUUAGAAAGAAGAGACUUCAAAUAAAACAAACGUCAAGAAGUAUGCUUUUAGAAAUACAAACUGAGAAGAGCAAGCAGAAAAAGGAUUUGGACAAUAUGGAAAAUUCCGACGUGAUAAAGACCAUGCAAAAAAAACUACAGAUGGAGAUAAAGAUUACUACAGUUAUUCAGCAUGUGUUCCAGGGCCUUAUUUUGGGAAGUAAAACCAACUGGGCAGAGGAUUCUGCCCUCAAGGAAAUUGUGCUACAGCUGGAGAAGGAUCUCAACACAAUCUAAUAAGAAUCCUGCUCUGGCAUUGGAACGAGUUUGUGCCCACUCUGCCAUUUAAAUAGCAGAGUUUGUGGGAACCAUUCUGAUGCUUCAGUUCUAGGGCUUGGGUUGAUGAUAUGACAUGAAAUCUCCUGUUUGAAAUACAAUCACUAAAGUGACUGGCAUACUCUGCAGGAGUCUAAACACUGUAGCGUUGGAAAGAAGGCAUCUGGUCCAGCUGCCAUUGAAUGUGGACAUCUUCACAACCAUUUCCCUUUCGGCCUGCUUUUACGCAUUGGUUUGUCAACCAGCACAUUGGAAAAACAUCCAAAGUGUAAAGGGUUGUGAUUGUUUAAGUAUGGUUGUAGGUUGUAACUUUUUCUUUUUUUCCCCCUUCUCUGUUUAGCAUGUAUUUUACUUUUAUAAGUUUAUGAAUAAAAAGGAUAAAUGUUACCAUCUUA